GGGUGAAGGAAAAAAGAAGACGCAGGCGGCAGGAAGACGAGCUUUGUCUCCGAGAGAUAUGGCAGCUCCAUUUUGGAAGGCCGAAGCCCCGCGCUUGGCCUUGCGGAUCUUCCUCCUCUGCCUCGGCCUCUCUCCUCCAGCCAGUGCCGUUGUCGGACACAGAGAGCCGCUGCCUGACGACAGUAACAAUAUCACAAUUUUCACCCGCAUCUUAGACAGACUGCUGGAUGGAUAUGACAACAGACUCCGUCCCGGCCUGGGAGAGAGCGUGACCGAAGUGACGACAAACAUUUAUGUGACGAGUUUCGGCCCAGUGUCGGACACUGACAUGGAGUACACCAUCGAUGUAUUUUUCCGCCAGAGUUGGAGAGACGAGAGGCUGAAAUUUGACGGGCCGAUGCAGGUGCUACCCCUCAACAACCUGCUGGCCAGUAAGAUCUGGACGCCUGACACCUUUUUCCACAAUGGGAAGAAGUCCGUCGCCCACAACAUGACGACUCCGAACAAACUCCUGCGGCUGGUUGACAACGGCACACUUCUCUACACUAUGAGGUUGACCAUUCAUGCUGAAUGUCCCAUGCACCUGGAGGAUUUCCCCAUGGAUGUCCACGCCUGUCCCCUGAAAUUUGGAAGCUAUGCCUACACCAACAAUGAGGUGAUUUAUCUCUGGACUCAAGAAGACGAACGAUCGGUUUCGGUGGCAGAGGACGGUUCCAGGCUCAACCAGUAUGACCUACUGGGACACGUCAUUGGCAAAGAAACCAUAAGUUCCAGUACAGGGGAAUAUGUCGUGAUGACAACAUAUUUCCACUUGAAAAGGAAAAUUGGAUAUUUUGUGAUCCAAACCUACCUUCCCUGCAUCAUGACAGUCAUCCUGUCACAGGUGUCCUUCUGGUUAAACAGAGAGUCCGUUCCUGCGCGCACCGUCUUUGGGGUCACCACGGUCCUCACCAUGACGACCCUAAGCAUCAGCGCCCGCAACUCCCUCCCGAAGGUCGCCUACGCCACAGCCAUGGACUGGUUCAUGGCCGUGUGCUACGCCUUCGUCUUCUCCGCCUUGAUUGAGUUUGCCACCGUCAACUACUUCACCAAGCGCAGCUGGGCGUGGGAUGGGAAAAAAGAGGGCAUGGAGGUCCGGGAACCGUUUCAGGCUAACAUGGCCAGGAUUAACGAUAUGAGAAGAGAAUCGGCGACUCUCUCCAAAAAGGCCAACAACACGUUCAACAUUGUCGGAACGACGUACGCCAUCAACGUGGCCAAAGACCAAAGUUUAACCACCAUUUCUAAGAGCGCCAGUAGCGCCGGGGCGUCGGCCAAGCACUCUUACCUCCAUAAAAUGGACGACCCCUACACAGAAGCCAAGAAGUCUUACAACCGGGUCAGCAAAGUGGACAAGAUAUCCCGCAUCAUUUUCCCCAUCCUUUUUUUCAUCUUCAACUUGGGCUACUGGGCCACCUACGUCAACAGAAAGCCCGUCAUCAUCACGGCAAACAACCUCAACUGAAUUCCGCCCCCCAACUCCUGAUCUGCUUUCACAACGAAAGAUAAACAGCUUUGCCGGAGGCCGUUAGCAUCUUCUCGUGUCUACGCACUAAUGUACUAUUUGUUGAGUGGCACCUUGACGAACGAGGGCCCCCGUCUAGAUUCAGAGUUUACAGUCAUAACUAAAAACAAACAAACAAAAAAAAAAAAAACGAAAACAUUUUGGGUGCCAAAAUACCUUUCGCCACCACCAAUGCCUAAAAAGACACAAAUGCACCCCCCCCCCCGAAAGUGUCUGACAGGAAAUCAGACUUCAGUUUUUUUCCCGUUUUCGAACUAAAUUAGCUCUGUUUGCUCAAUGCCAGAAUAAUGACGGUAGGAUUUUUGUUUGCAGAAUUACAGGCAACAAAGUCAUGGCUAAACCCCUGCGGUGCCAAUCAAAAGAAAGUUUCUUUCCCGUUAGUGUCCUCCGUGAAAUCACACUCAAAUUGCAUUUUUUGUGUGCGUGUCUAUUAAGAUGACCAAAAUUGAAUCGAAGUGGGAAAGACGCAGUACCACAUGGGGGAGCACGCAGUUGCCAAUGUACUUUUCACUUUUUAUACAAAAUGAAAACGAGAGCUCAGCUCUCAAGGAGCCGCCGUGGGCCACAGCUCCGGUCCAGACGCUCACGCGCAGUCUGACUCCGGCUGGCUGGGCACACGGCACGGUCAAUCCACAAACACCGCGGUAAUUACACUUGAUUUAUUUAACAAUACUACUUUCUUGAAAAUACAGGACAAAAACCCGGAACACAUGAAUGGCAAUUUGGCUUCUUUGGACGGGGUCAAGGUACUUCUCCACUUGUGUGCGUGAGGUAGCCAAUCUCGUCAGAUCCAAUAGAAGAGCUGCCUUUACACAGAUAAUAUCGCACCAGAGUUUUAGCUUAUUCACGUCGUCGCAUGCGUGGUAGCUUUGAGUGCUCUGGAGCUGCACCGCGUCAGAUCGUUUCUUACCUCACUCACAAAGCUUAACGAGACACUAGAAAGACGCGCGAGGAGGAAGUCUGACAGCGACAUUUGACUCAUCAUCAAAUCAUAGAUGUACAGUACAUAUAGUUUGUAAAAUCUUUAGGAUUUCCCUCCCAGCGUGAGGCCGCCACGUCAUAACGGCCCUCUGAGGAAAACCGCACGACCCGGGCAAACUGCCCGUCAUUUGCAACCUUGUACGGUGUCACGUCGCCAUUAGCUUAACAUGCUAACUAACGUGGACAAAAAUCCAGUUACCUUUGCAAAGGCGGACUUUUGGAGAUUGUGAAAUCACGUUUCUGCCAGUGUAUCUCGUGUGUGUGCGUGUGUGUGGGUGAUAUUUUGCUCAGCCAUAAAGACGGAGGGCAAAUAACGUUUGAGGGAGUCCGUUAUCACGACGCCCCCUUUUCCACAAUUCGUCGUCAACGUUACACUUUGUGUCCUCGACAGAAACAGCAAAGACGGCAGCAGCUUAUUUACUGGGGGUCUACGUUAGCGGGUGCGAAUGGAAACUGUGGCGGGAAGACGCCAUUAAAGUGCCCCACGGGGGUGGCAUCACGCCAUCUUUGCUCUGUUCCGUGUAAUCAAGCAAAGCCGCGUAAUGGCUGACCACUUUCUGCAGUGAUGUUACGCAAUGUCCGCGUCAAAGAGGUUGGCGGUGCAUUGUUUUGGUUUGGUUUUUCCCCCUCCCGCUAUGUGUAACCAAGUACUCCAACAACAUUUUCUAAACUAGAGGAACGGUGUUUUCCUUUCACGUGUAUUGCAAGCAUGCGGUUCAGGUUGUCAUCAUAGCCUAGCAAUGAAGACCAGGAUUAAUAACACGCAUGCUAACGCACAGAUUAUGCACCGGAAGACGCCCGAGAACCUGUUGUACGGUGGCUUUACUGCGGUGACCGCUUCCAUAGGAGGAGCAUCGUUAAUAAUCUUCAGAUCAAACCGAAUGGCGUCAGAGUCGACCAAGUAGCAUGAGGAUCGUGCAUUUCCAAGUCCGCCGGUGACCUUUGAGCCGAGUCACUCGUUCAACAUACAGAAAGGUUUUAUCGUCCAUUUGCAGCAUACGCAAGGCACAAAACGGUUCUUGUGCAUCUACUACGUCCAUCCCACCCGCAACCUUUACAAAGCAAAAAUUCAACUGAUGCAUUUUGGGCCCGGGUGCGGAUUUCCUUUUGUGCUUUUCACAUAGAGUAGCCCGAAGAAAAGGCCGCCAGUACCUCAGACUGAAGCCCGCUUUCAAGCUUUUCCUUUCAUCAUAGAAAUUCAGUAAAUACACAUGGGUGACUUAUCUUCAGAAAUUUACAACAACAACAACAACAACAUUGUAUGGAGUAUUUUCUUCAGUCAUUCUGCUUAGUGGGUGCUUUUUACUCAUUAUACGUUAGCGUUUUUUAAUACUUUGAUUCUGUCAAGUGUCUUCAUUUGUCUCUACUUUUGUGUUUUGCAGUAAACAACAAGUCUACCCUUCAUACGGAACAAGAUUAGAAAGUGAAUUUGUAUUUUCGUAGCGACGCCAGACCUGGUCGUGGCCGGGGGGACCAGACAGUUUUAACAUAGGAAACAUUUUCAAAAAUACGAACCAGCGAUCGAGCGUACUUUCAAACAUUCAACUAAACAUUAUUUUCUCCUGGCAGAAAGUUAUUUACUACUUUUACUGACGCCUGCGCAGACUGCGAGCGCUUGCAGGCGCAGGUCAGACCACUCGUCUAAUUCGAUUUUGGUGAACUUGAUCCAGCCGAAGGCAGCCAGAUUCAAGUCACGGGCACAUUCUGUAUCAAACGCUCACGUUGUCCGUCGCCAAGAGGGGAUUGCUACGAUUACUCCUCAUCCUCUUCUGCAAACAGAUGCCCCACAUUUAAAGGGAAUGACGGGAGCCAGUCCGCUGUGGCGCGGCCCGCCUCCUCUCAGAUCUGCGCCGGUCUACGAAAUCACCAACGGCGUUCUGAAGCGCCCCUGAGUGCACCAUCGCGCGAGCUAGGGUUAGGAAUUCACCAGAAUGGAAAAGAAGGUUGUGGAGACUUGUUUCAAGCCAUCAUUUGAAAUAGUCUCAAGGCGUAAACUUACUUAGAGUUUGCUCCGGCCUCUCCUAUCGGGAUUUUAUUGUCACAAACCGUGUAGUCCUCAAACGCAGCCUCACAAAAUGGGAUCGGCAGUAUUACACCCAAGUAGCUCCGAGUGUCUGCGUUCUGGCGCUUCAACCCAUUCAGUCAUCGGUGACCCACUCGCAGCCCCAGAGACGCCUUCAUAAAUUACUAGCGCAUAUUUAUGUGACGUUCAUUUACACCGGCAAGGUUCCCAAAGUGCUUUUUCCCCUCAUUUGCAAGCAUGCAGAUUUGAUGAGUCUGCCUUACCUGCCGCUCACUAACACACGGAAGCGUUUGUGAACUUCCUCCCUCGGUAGCGUCAUUAAGAGGAGCGUAUUUUCAGAACGAUUCCAGGGUUAGCGUACCUACGCCAACUAUACCGUUUGGAUGUCGCCAAACAAUCGCGAUCAAUAGACCACAUACUAAUCCUUUUUCGCCACGUCAUGUGACCUCGCGACUCCGCCCUGCAGGGAUUUUGAAUUAUUUCAAUCUGCGGUUAAUUAUGCAUCGCGGCGGAGGACCGGAACCGAGCAUUCCAUCUGCCAGCGCAAGUGUCAAAAGCCGCCGUCCUCCAAGUGAAGGGCGCGAGCCUUUUAAGUUGAUUAGACCAAUGAAGUAGCUUGCCAAGUGGCACCGGUGCUCGCUUCAAAGCAUACAUACGCGGUCCAAAGUCCAGUAGAACAGCACGGAAAUUGUCGCAAAGCCCUUGAGGACGUGACCCAAAAUGUUUUUGUGCAUUUUGGCAAUGAAGAGGUUAACUCCACGAUGAUAAUAAUAAUAAUAAUAAAAAACAACAAAGAACGCAAAGAAAUCGAUUUUCAAAGUGCACCUAAACAUGAAUCAAUUUGCUUUCUUCAGCCCGUAUAUGCUAAUGUUGUUUUAAUCCCACUGGCCUGUUAUUCAAAAUUGUUCAUGUCAUUCAAAUAUCAAAAUGUACCUGAAAGCAUCGCGCAACCAAAGACGCAUUGACGUGGCCACUAAAGACGCUUCUAACGUCGAAAGUAACUUUUCACUUGCAAAGGAUCAUAUCUUAAAAUGCCAGCAUGCAUUUGCCAUAUUUUACACAUGUGACUCAUUUUCAGUGACACAGGUUCUAUGCAAGAAAGCGGAUCAUAUCGGCGCUAUCUGAUCGGACACCGAGUUGAGUUUGUAUCGCUAACAACGAUGCCGUCCUUUUUCAAACAAGUGGAAGUGGAAUACUGUGGAAUAUCUUUGGAGGUGCAUCGCGAUGUCUAAAUUCAACAUCAUCAUCAUCAUCCCUGGCAGACUUUUUGAUACAGGUCUAGUACUACAGCGACAUCGUUAUGGGUAUGCAGACUCACAGUAAUUGCCCAAUUUCUUGUCACUCCAACUUCUUACUUUUGUUGAUGUCUCAUUACAGCAUUCCAGAUGAUCUCUUGUUCUUUUUGUUGUUGUUGUUGUUGUUGUUGUUGCUGCUGCAGCAACAGCAGCGCCUCAACAUUUGCCUUCUCCACAAUAUGCAGUUCUCGGUACAUUAGCGUUUGUGUCAAGGGUCACUUCUGUGACCACAAACAUGUUUUUUGCCCCAAGACUCAAAGAGAGCUCAACAGUCACACGACCAAACUGAGGCUUGAAACCGGAUUGGGUCGACAUACAAUUUGGGCUUUGCGUCUUUCAGAAGUUAUUUUCCCACCGGGCCAGAGUUGACUACAACGAACGCAUGUCAUCGCAUAAAAAGUACAGCAUAUCUGUGCUAAUCGGUAGCGCUUACCGUUUCGAUACAACGUAACCUCAAAAGUGUUGAUGCAAUUCUCGCCAUAUACAAAUAGUAUAUGAAAGUUGUGAAUUUGUAGAUAUCGUGGAAUCGAUUCCAAUAGUUUGUGAAUUCUGGUUAUGUCACAUGAUUUCUUUUGAAAUUCGAUACGUAGCCAUGUCCGACAGUCAGCUGCGUACACUGCGUCUUCUAUGUCGUGUUUUAAUGGCGUGCAGUAGAUGCUCUUUGUGAGUCUACUUACGAGAGAGAUCAGUACCUUAGGUGCAAUUUUGGUUUUUUUUUUUGGCUCUUGUUGUUCUCGAAACUUUACUGUGAAUUAGCAGCUGUUUGCAAGCAGAGUCGUACAUGCCGUGUUCUCUCCGCUGCGAUUCCAGCGCACGUCUCUACACAUUGAUCGAGCGAUAAAAGACAAGACACGACUGGGA